GCGCGACAGGCCUCAGUGGCCCCCGUCCAACACCCGGAGCAUUUUUCUGCUGUCGGCGAUGGUUUGUUCCAUGGCCAUUCGACCCAAUAACACCGUUUCACAUCAUCGCCGGUCAAUCUUUCUUCGAGAGGAACGCAACCUCCUUACUGAAUUCACCCCUCAAUAUGUCUGACUCGGGGCAGCCGAUCCUUGUGUGUGCGUAAAGUGCAAAAACACCGCGGCGUGCGUUUCAGGCGUCCCGGCGCACGCACUUGGGACGAGAAAUUUGGCGUGAAUUUCCCACCAAGGUCAGCAAAAUCACCACCACAGCCGACGGAAACAAAGUUUCCGCUGUCUCUGUUGCUCUCUGGUGACUAGGUCGUCUUAGCGGAGGUCAGUGCUCGCUGCCCAAUAUUGAGCACGACUUCGGGGAUGGCGAUUCUCUCGCAUACGCCAAGUCUUGUCCACUGCGAAACGAGACAACAGAAACCGACGUGCGUACCCGUGCGGCUGAAGUGCAAAACAGCAUCGAUGACCCUUCAGCUACUGAUACGCGGGCAUUGAGCGUUUACAUACGAGCUCUUGAUGGUAAGGCUGGUGAUGGCCACAUGCAUGGAAACGACCGUAUCUCGUUACCUACCAAUGCACCUCGACCGGGGUACUCAUCAUUGUUGCCUACCUCCAGACACUAUCACUUCGAUGAGCCAACCAUCGUCCUAUCGUCGAUGCAAGGCUACUCCCAUGUCCGCUUCUCGAUUCGCUACUAACUUUGCUUUCACUCAAGGUCCAUUCCAACAGAAGCUGGCAGUGCUCCAGCAGGCAACGAGUCAUUGGUACCGAUGGUAGGAUACCGAGCCAAACCGGUCACAAGUUGGGGGCCGCACAGCCACACAAAUUUGAAGUUCCCAUCAGCAUCUGAUACCGCAAUUGUGGCAGCUCCUUCCCCUUACAGGAAGUCAGGACAUUUUUGGCCAACAGCGUCGGCAGGUCAUCUUUAUCACACCGUGAACUCACCUCAAAAUUCCUAGGCUAUGGUGGGUCUGCAUGUGGCGCACUCGGCUUCACCCAACGUACCUCGGACUGCUGACAUAAUUUGCCGCAAUAACCCAGAAAGGCCACCGUCCGACCUCUCAGCCAUCUAAGCAAACGAAACACCCGUCAUGGGGCUGACAAACAGGGUGAAUUACGGCCCCUUGCAAGAUUCCCAGCUGAGAGAAUGCCGUUCUUCAUAAGAUGGAAACCUUUACUGCGCCUGCCAAUCAUGCGUGCGCUUUUGACCGGGCUAAUCUUAUCCACACCCCCCGGACCAAAGACACCAGCCAAAAUCACCUUGCUGCCUUUUCGUCAAUGCGAACCAGCAUCUAUGGUCUCAGUCGCCUAAGAUGCCGUCACAUACUCGACCACUAGGGUUCUACAAAAUUCUCACAGCCGUGCAUUGGUACCGAAGGAUCUCAUCCCCUGCAUAUUGAUGCCAAAGUCCCCAAUCAAGGUCCCCUUCGCCCUGACCCGGCCACGAUCCGUUCUACUGUAUUUGUGAACCUAGUCAGGUCUAUACCGGCCCCAACGAAUCACUUGAUCUGCUUCACAGCCUUGACAAGCUCUAAACGGAAUAUACUUGUGGCAAACCCAGACCUUUCUGACCGGAGGGUGUCACCAUGGGUGCAAUCGCAAACCCACAGACCUCUCUCUGACUAUGUCUUUGCAGUUGAAUAUAUCUCGACUGUCACCCAGGUUGAAGAGAGUCACUGUCUUCUAGGCAUCAGUCAAACCAAGUUCUUGAGAAAACACUAUCGUUCAGAUAUAUCGUCAUAUUUACUCGAUUGAACCCAGCCGGUCACCGUCGCUCCUCUUGAUCAGGCGCCAUCAGACAAGUCUUAAACUCGAGGAGAACGUCCAUUUGCUUGUUCACCAUCCCACCGACCACCGUCACUCAAUGCUUCUCGGAGAGAUUCACCUUGCUUGACGUCAAUCAUCCGUUCUUGUGUGGAUGUCCGAUCCACGCCGCAGAAGCAGCUACAACGACUCUUCACCAGAACCAGUCGUAAUUGAAAGAAGACCCCAGCUUUACAACCUCUUCAAGAUCCGCAAGAAGAAGGUUCAUAUCAUCGAAGAAGAACCUGUCCGCCGUCGCGAACGACACAUUCGGACUCCUUCUUUCUCAUCGUCACUGACACCAUCGCCUCCACCACCACCAUCACCGCCCAGACGGCCUUAUCGACCCAUGUCGUCCAGGCUGGAAGGGGAUGUCUACGCCCCUUUGCCGCCGGAGUUGCCGCACAAGGGGAAACAUCGUCAUGAUGACGUCGCCAAUAUCGUCGAGCGGAUUCCUCGACGAGACAGCGGCCGUAGAGUCAAGAUCGUCCAUGGUGACCGUCGUGAUCCAGACGACGAGGAUGCGUAUCCAAAGGUCGAGAAUCCUGGCUCAAAACGUGAUAGUGGAAAGUACUACGUCACCACCAGUGAGGGUGAGCCAAGUGGACAUAGGAGGGAAUACGAGCGUCGUCGACCCAAUGCAGAUCACGAAGUUGAAAGGCUGGUCGACGACUUGGCAUGGGAGAAACGGCAACGUCGUGAGGCAGAGCGGGCCGCGGCGUAUGCGGAAGACAAAGUGAACAAGCUCCAGGAUAAGCUGUAUCAGGAACAGCGGGAACGAUCGCUGGAGAAAAAGGAGCGAGACAUCCUGGAACGUGAGAAGCGUUUGAGUCAGGAGAGGGAGAAGAGAUUGAGUCAAGAACGUGAGAUGGAAAGGGAAAGGGAACGGGCCCCGGCGCGUGUGGUCGAGAUCCGACCUCGCCCUGCUACGAGAGAUCGUAACGAUGUUGUCGUUGUGCAUAACCCAAGAGAAAGAGGGGUGGUGCAAGUGAGUGGUGGGGAUGCAGGGAGGUCGGCGCUGGAGAGGGCGAGGGAUGAUUAUAAUGUCCAACGACGUCAGCAGCAGUAUGAGGAGAGAAGGCCAGGCACGAGCGGUGGCGCAGGGAGAGGACAAGUCGUUAUUGUGGAUGAUGAUGACUAUCGCCCGAGGCCGAGGCGGUAGAUGGAAGGGUUCGUGGAGAGGACAGACAUCUUGUCGUCUUGACAUCAUGUUGUGAGGACGGGAGAGGAGAAGUAUCGGUGCAAAAGCAUAUAUGUUGAGUGUGUGGAUAUACAAACAUGGACAUGUGGGACGUGGGGUUGGAGUUGGAUUCGGUCUUUGCACUUGGCUUGGGUCUGGCAAAGAGGUGGAGGAAGGGGAAUGGAGUUCAGGAUCCAGUUGAGUAUCAUGGCAGGCACGGAUAAGAAGAAGAAAAGGCAAGACGCUGCAAAGCGUAAAACCCGGACUCGGUCAUAACAUGGGUUUGGCAAUGGGAUCGGGGACGGCGUUGAUGGUAUGGCAUGAUAUGGAGUUCGACGGACACUCACAGGGGAAAGGGAAAAGGGCAAAGGAUAGUCUUCAAUUCGCGGGCAUGGCGUAAGUACCGGCUGGGUUUGUAACGGUUUCCAAUAUCAAAUGUUUUCGUCAAAGAUGGGAAGCCAAUGGGGAGUGUGUAGAUGGAAGAUCAGUACGAGUAUGUAGAUAGAAGUCAGUACGAAUGGGUAUAGAUACCUCCUUGGUAGAUAGAUAGGUUUGUCGGAGGAAUGUCUUCCCUCCC